UUAACAAAGUGCGCUGAACAUACCCCAACAUCAGCUGUGUUUGCUAUUGGUUGGCAGAAUUUAAUUUAUUUUUUUCACAAUUGCGAAUUCCAUAACUUGAAACAUUUGUAUAAUUAUUUGGUUUUAAACAGUGCAUUUCAUUAAAAUUAAGUAAGAUAAUGUACACAUUAUUACAUGGCUUCUAUAAAUACCUCACACAAAAGGAAGAAUACUGUGUGGUUAUAUUAGGACUUGACAACGCUGGAAAAACGACCUACUUAGAGGCAGCUAAAACGAAAUUCACCAAAAACUACAAAGGUAUGAAUCCAGCGAAAAUCACCACAACGGUAGGCUUGAAUAUUGGCACAAUUGAUGUGUCGGGUGUGCGGUUGAAUUUCUGGGAUUUAGGAGGACAGCAAGAGUUGCAAUCUCUAUGGGAUAAAUACUACCAGGAAUCACAUGGUGUGAUUUAUGUGAUAGACUCGAAUGAUCGGGAGCGUAUGGACGAGUCAAAGGAAAUUUUUGAUAAAAUGAUUAAAAACGAAUUGCUCUCAGGAGUGCCACUACUAAUACUUGCCAAUAAGCAAGAUCUGCCCGAUGUAAUGGGUGUACGUGACAUAAAGCCAGUAUUUCAACAAUCUGGUGCGUUAAUAGGCCGACGUGAUUGCCUAACCAUGCCAGUAUCGGCGCUUACGGGUGAAGGUGUAAAUGAGGGUAUUAAAUGGUUAGUUGAAGCCAUUAAACGACAUUCCAUAGUGCGUCCGCCGCGCGAAAACGAUUGAUCAUGAUUAUAAUAAUAUUGCAGUUAACGAGAAUAUUUUACAAUGUACAAUGUACUCACUUUUUAUUUAUAUUCUCCCAAGCAACACAAUGGGAGACUGGAGCAAGUUUUGUAUGUAAACAACUUUAAUAUUUUUUAGUAUAUAUAUUAUAUAUAAUUAUAAUUAUAGUUUCUGCUUAUUUAACUAACUUUUUAAACAUAAAGAUAAGGUACUGACAAAUGAAAGUUUGACUUAAUAAAAUCUAAGUAUUUUAUAGAGUUAAAAUUAAUCGAAUUUCUAUAAUUGUUAACAAUUUCUUGUAAAAAAAUAUUAAAUUGUGGUAUUAUUAUUGCUUUACCUUGUUUAAGAGAAUGUUUUCAUCGUACAAAACUCUUUUUAGCAAAAAAUAUUUAAACCACAUUACCUUUGCUGCUUAUCAGUUGAUACUCCAAAUAAUACUUUACGAGUGUCUAGUUGAUAAAAUGUUGUUGUAACUUUGUACUGUAUGAGUUCAUUUUAGUAUUUUUGAUUGUGCUCUCUAUCCAUUUUAACAUUAUUUAGCUUCGUAUAUAAUACAUAUGUAUGUAUGGACAUGUGUAUAUAUAUGAACAUGUUUUUUUUAGAUAACAAACGUAAGUUUUUGAUAAAAAUGCAGAGCGCCAGGUAGCUAAAGUGGACGAUUUGUUAGCAUUUAGGGUGCUUGCUAACGAAUUAACUCGGCGGGUUUAGAACUUCCCGUGAAGUUAAGUGAGCAUUCUUUUUAAUAGCCUUUUUCGUACGAUCAGAGGUAAAUUCAAAUAAAGCUAUACAUGUCGUUGUUCAGUAUAAACUAGACGCUAUCGCCUUCGGUAGAAAUUGACAGCUGUAUUACUGCAAAAGUGUUAGGAAAUCUGCGUAUAUAUAUGUAUAACUGGGUGACAAACUGUUAUAUAUUGAAUAUAUUAAUAAAUUAUACAUUUUCUAUCGGACGUGUGUAAAAACUACUGUGUAAAUGUUGAUAUGAAAGUCAAUUAUUUAAAAAAUACGAUCAUAUUAUAUUUGAACGAUUUACAAAAAAUAUGUUUGUGCUUAAGUUAUUAAAGAAGUAAUGACGGUAGCAACUACAUAGAAACAUACAAUAAAUUUAUUAAAAUUCCCAUACAUAAAUAAGAUAACAACUAGACGUAUCGCGACAUCGUUUCAGCCGCUUAUCAGUAACGGUUUCUGUGGUAUCGAACUACUCUUGGUUUCUUGUAUUUUCCGAUGAAUGGUGUUGAAUGACAAAGUAAAAAUAUGUCUGUGCUAAGUAAAAAAUAAAUAUAUAAAAAAAUUAAAAAAUUAAUAUAUAAGCAAAUUAUAAAAAAAAGUACCUACUCGAAUACAAAGAAAGAGAUUUUUGUGGCAGAAACAAAGUUGCAGAUUUUACUGCAGUUGUGCAACGAUGUAUCCAUAUUACGAGCCGGAUUGGAGUGUUUUACCGCCAGAAAACAAUCGCAGUAAGAAAAGGAAAAACAGUGAUAAUCAAAUAAUAGUAAUACAAAAGCCAUAAAAAAGUUUUCCUGUGUUCAACCAUCAACAUUCUCUGCGUAGCGGCAGAGUAUAGAAGAGGUGAGUAGUGGAGCAUAGGACCGAGUGCAAAAGUGAAGGUGGAGCCGUAACAGAUUUUAGCGCGUGUCUGUGCCUAUAUCAAAGUAAAAAUAAGCACGGCAGCAAUAGCAACAGCUAGAGCAGUAUUAACAAAAA